AUGAAUGAGAAGGCGAACGUUUCCAAAGAGCUUAACGCCAAGCAUAGAAAGAUUUUGGAAGGUCUUCUUAAAUUGCCAGAGAAUAGGGAAUGUGCGGAUUGCAAGAGCAAAGGUCCUCGAUGGGCUAGUGUGAAUUUAGGCAUAUUUAUAUGCAUGCAAUGCUCUGGGAUCCAUAGAAGUCUUGGAGUACACAUAUCAAAGGUGAGAUCUGCUACACUGGACACAUGGCUUCCUGAACAGGUUUCAUUCAUUCAAUCAAUGGGAAAUGAGAAGUCAAACAGUUACUGGGAGGCAGAGCUUCCCCCGAAUUAUGAUAGAGUUGGGAUUGAGAAUUUCAUUCGUGCAAAGUAUGAGGAGAAGAGAUGGAUUCCCAAGGACGGGAAGCCAAUGUCACCCGUGAGGGGACGAGAAGAAAAAGCUUCUGUUCGGUGGCAAAGAUCAAGUGAUGGUCACGGAUAUAUCAGUAGUUCUGGGAAUUCUUCUCAUGAGAACUUUCAAGCACCAAGUGCAAAGGAAAAUAUUCCUGCUGCAAGAGUUAGUCUCCCCGUGCCACCUAAAGGACCAGAACCUAUUGCUUCUGCUCCAGUGCCUCAACAAGUGAUUCAGAAAACAGAGCCAGCUACACCUGCUGAACCUUCAAAGCAGGUCACAGAUGCUGUCUCUCCUCCUAAAGUUGAUUAUGCUACCGAUCUCUUCAAUAUUCUUUCUAUGGAUGACUCUAAUGAAAAUGCCAUGGGCGAAGCUUCUGCAGAAGAUAUUUCAUGGGCAGGAUUCCAGUCUGCCGGCGCAUCAUCAACAGCAGAAAAAACUGCUCCAGAGAAAUCUGAUGGUAAUAAGACUGAGUCUGCUUCUGCUUCUGGAAUUGAGGAUUUAUUUAAAGAUUCACCAUCAAUUGCACCUGCUUCCAUGUCAGAGAAGCCUCAAAAAGAUGUUAAAACUGAUAUUUUGAGUCUGUUUGAGAAGUCCAAUAUGGUGUCACCAUUUGCUUUGCACCAACAACAAAUUGCGAUGUUGGCACAACAGCAGUCUAUUCUAAUGGCUGCUGCAGCUAAUUCUUCUGGUGGAAUGCCAAAACUUCAUGGUAAUACACAACAAGCGCCAAAUGGUGCCAACUUGUCCAAUCAACGUUGGCCAAAUGUUGGGUACCAGUUCCCUGGAAUGAUGAUACCAGCAACUGGAAAGAGCGAGUAUAUGCAGAUGGGGAACAUGGCAGCAAGUCAUCCAGUAGGGAACUCUUUCCCUCUCCCAGUUUCCAGCAUGCAUUCCAUGGGACCCAACACUUCUAGCAAUGGUAGUUUGCCUUCUGGAGUGACCAAACAUACAGCAUCGUCGGUUUCAUCCGCUUCUCCACAGGCAGGAAAAGAUUACGAUUUUUCAUCCUUGACACAAGGGUGGUUCUCAAAGCAGCACUAA